AUGCCCUCAGGGGAUGCUCGUGCUGACACGCCACACAACGGACUGGUGUCACCAUGGCAUGCAGUGCGCCAAAACGACAUGCAUGGGAGCGGAUCGGUGCCGCCGUGGGAUGAGUCGCGGGGAGGGGAUGGGCAGGCGCGGUUCCUGUGUGAUUCCAUGGUGGAGGGGCUGGCACGGCAGCUGCGCUGUGUGGGCGUUGACACCGCCUCUCCCAAGACUCUCGGCCGAGGCACGUGUGACACCAGGUAUGAGUGGCGGGAGAGGGAGGGCCGUGUGCUUCUAACGAGGGGCGUGAAGCUCUUCCGGCGCCGCCUGCUGCCGCCCAGCCACAUGCACCUCAUUAAAAGCACCGACAAGCGCGAGCAACUCCGUGAGGUGGUAACCGCGUUCCGCCUGCUCCUGUGCGAGUCCUCGCUGCUCUCGCGCUGCAUCCGCUGCAACGGCACCUUAAAGCCGCAGGCGCUGGGGCCCUCGGAGGCAGCAGCGGCGGCGCCGUGGACUCAGGUGGUGCCGAGUCACGUGUUGGCGAGGGUGGAGGAGUUCUGGCAGUGCUGCCAGUGCCACCACCUGUACUGGGAGCCUUGUGUUGGAUCGAGUGGAGGAGUUCUGACAGUGCUGCCAGUGCCACCACCUCUACUGGGAGGUGAGCAUCUCCCUCCCUUCUCUUGA